AUGACAGGCCAAGCGUUGGAGGACAGUGUGGAACUUAUGGACCACAGGCUCUCAGUGAAGACCCUGAUGGAGGACGAUUUGGAAAGAGCAGACAGCAAACUGAGCCGGGUCCAUUCAAUAUGUGAUGACACGUCGUCUGAGUUACAGCGGGUCGCUACACUCGAGGUUCGCGGCCCAAACUCUCAGAACUCCUUCCAUGGAAGAGGAGCCUUGUCCAGGUUGGUGAGUAUGGUGGUGACUCUCCGAGAAUGGGCCCAUAAGAGUCUCCAAGAGGAAGAAGAGCGUCCAGACUCAUUCCUGGAGCGUUUUCGUGGACCUGAACUCCGCAUCACUCACAGCCGCAUCAGCAGCAACCGUUCUGGACUAAACAACAGCGUCAAAACCAAGAAGAAGCCAGAUGCGUUUAUUCUGGCACCAGCUGAUGACAAGUACUACCACUGGCUGUUCAUCAUCGCUGCAGCUGUACUGUACAACUGGUGUCUUCUAGUAGCCAGGGCCUGCUUUGAUGAACUUCAAACCAACAACUACAUUCUGUGGCUGGUUCUUGAUUACCUCUCUGAUCUGGUCUACAUCCUGGACACCUGUGUGAGACUAAGAACAGGUUUCCUGGAGCAGGGUCUCCUGGUGAAGGACCUGAAAAAAUUGAGAGAGAACUACAUUAGUACCCUACAGUUUAAGCUAGACCUGUUGUCCAUCCUGCCCACCGAUCUGGCUUACAUCGUGACUGGUAUCCACGUUCCCGAGCUGCGCUUUAAUCGACUGAUGCGCUUCUCUCGUAUGUUCGAGUUCUUCGAUCGCACAGAGACUCGCACCAGCUACCCCAACACUUUUCGCAUCAGCAACCUGGUGCUCUACAUCUUGGUCAUCAUCCACUGGAACGCCUGCAUCUACUUCGCCAUCUCCAAAUCUAUCGGCUUCGGAUCAGAUCAGUGGGUCUACCCUAACAUCUCCCAUCCUGAGUUUGGCACGCUGACUAGAGGCUACAUCUACUGCCUCUACUGGUCCACGCUCACGCUUACCACUAUAGGGGAGAUGCCUGCACCAGAACGCGAUGAGGAAUAUCUCUUUGUGGUCUUCGACUUCCUGGUGGGCGUGCUCAUAUUCGCCACGAUUGUAGGUAACGUAGGAGCCAUGAUCUCCAACAUGAAUGCCACACGAGCGCAGUUUCAAGCUCGCAUUGAUGCCAUCAAGCACUACAUGAAGUUCCGCAAGGUCAGCAAAGAGCUGGAGGGUCGGGUCAUUAAAUGGUUCGACUAUCUCUGGACCAACAAGAAGACAAUCGAUGAGCAAGAAGUGCUCAAAAAUCUUCCCAACAAGCUGCGGGCGGAGAUCGCCAUCAAUGUGCAUCUGGAAACACUCAAGAAAGUGCGCAUCUUCCAGGAUUGUGAAGCUGGUCUGCUAGUGGAGCUGGUUCUUAAGCUGCGUCCACAGGUCUUCAGCCCCGGAGACUACAUCUGUCGCAAGGGAGACAUCGGGAAGGAGAUGUACAUCAUUAAAGAAGGUCGAUUGGCUGUGGUGGCUGACGACGGGGUGACGCAGUACGCCCUCUUGACGUCCGGAAGCUGCUUCGGUGAGAUCAGCAUCCUCAAUAUCAAAGGCAGCAAAAUGGGAAACAGGCGUACAGCCAACAUCCGGAGCAUCGGCUAUUCAGACCUGUUCUGUCUGUCCAAAGACGAUCUGAUGGAAGCUGUGAUGGAGUACCCAGACGCCAAGAGGGCGCUGGAGGAGAGAGGGCGUGAGAUCCUGAGAAAGGAGGGACUGCUCGAGGAACUCGGGACUGCAGGACUUACCGGAGAACAAAUCGAGGAGAAAGUUGAGCAUCUCGAAGCCUCGUUGGAUACUUUGCAGACACGAUUCGCCAGGCUGCUGGGGGAAUAUACCAACACCCAGAAGCGACUCAAGCAGAGACUCACCACUCUGGAGGGCAGGUUCCACCACACUGGCAGUGGAUUUCUGUCCGACGGCAAUGAGAGCACUGUUGACGGAGAUGGAACUCACAGUGAAGUGAACAUUCAUCUGUGAACAGAACUGGUUCAUUUUAGCUGUAUUUUAGAAACUCUGUGGCCUCUUUCCACUAUACAGCCAAACAGUUCUUAAGCCAAGCACAUGACGUUGUUGUCUAAAAUAAAAGAUUUCAAAA